AUGCUCGCCAGGCCGACCGUCGGCCAGGAGCACUCGGCCAAGAGCUUGCUCGAGGGGCACCUGGUCAGUCGCUAUAAACCUAGUAUGAAGCAUACCCCAGACCCGCGUGGGAAACAGCCUCCAAGCUACCUUUGCCGCAUUUUGAAAACUUCCCAAACUUCUGGAGCAUCCAGAACUUCCGGCCGACUUUCAGCCUUACAUCUCGCCAGCCUUACACCUCGCCAGCCUUACACCUCGCCAGCCUUACACCUUGCCAGCCUUACAACUCGCUACCCUUACAACUCGCUACCCUUCCCUCGCACCACCUCGCUCGCACCCACCUUGCUCGCACCCACCUUGCUCGCACCCACCUCGCUCGCACCGUUACACCUCCCUCGCUACCCUUACACUACAUACCUAGCACCUCGCUCCAGCACCCUUUCACCUUGCUGA